AUGGCAUUAGGCAGACUUGCUACAUUCGUCGUACUUGGUGCAUUCGUGCAUAUAGACGCAACAUUAGACACACCCGAGUCGGGUCUACGUCAGGUCAUUGUGCUGUCUCGUCACGGUGUGCGUGGUCCCUAUGGUCUGGGCACGGAAUCCCCAUCAGAAGAGCUACUGAAGAAAUAUGUGCGCAAUCCGAACCUUAAUUUACCACUUAGUGCCAAUGCAUGGGGUACAUCAGAGACUGACGAUCCGACCGAGCUCGUGUCGCCCAAACUUACGAAACACGGCUUUCGUGUCGUAAAGCACAUGGGAAAGUACUUUCGAGACCACCUGUACAGUAAAUUCUUGAACGCCACUUGCAAAGAAACGUUUUCAUACGCUGAUAAUAAUCAACGAGAUAAUCUGACAGCAGUUGCAUUCUUGAGUGGGCUUUAUCCAUCGUGCAAGGAGCUCGUGCCAAUCAUGAAAGAAACCCAGUUGCUUUUUGAACAAGGGCAAGAUCCUACAGCCAAUUGCCCUGUAUGCUCGAGAGCUAUGUACGAAGGUAUCACAGGAAGCAACGACACGGCGUUUAUUCUCCAAGAGAUUCGUCAGCAAGUUGCAGAAGUGAACGACCUUCUCCAAUGUUGUGCCGCAUCCAUAUGCAUCGACGACGAGAAGUCUAGCAACAUCAGUUUAUCGGAAAGCGCCGCAACAUGCGACUUGUUUGGGAUUCCCACACAAUGGAAUGGAGCAUUUUAUCUGCCAUGGAAGGACACUCUCUCCAACGCUGACUACUUCUCCGAGUGGCUUUUGCUGCAGAGUCUCAACAAUAUGAGUCUGCCUCCGCAGCUAUCGUUCAAGAAAAUUCUGUCUCUUGCCAAGAUUCACGAGACUCACAUGGAUCUCAUUACCAAUGAAGUCAACUCUGCAAGCUUUGGUGCGACCCUCCUUGCACAUCUCACAGCUAGUUUUGAACAGAACAUCAUGCAAAAGACGUUGCCGGUGGCAAAAGGCAAGGGUCCCCGUCUUCUGCAAGGCCCGGAAAAUCGACUGCUGUACUAUGCUGCCCAUGAUAUCAACCUGCUGUAUGUUCGCAACAUGCUAAGGCUCCAGUGGUAUACGAAAGGGUGGCACCCGCAUCAGCCGGUACCAGGAAGCAUGCUUGUGUUUGAGCUCCACGCUACGCCAGCAAAUACCAGUGAUCAACCCUCUUCCAUCAUUCCAAAGUCCCGGAAGCUUAAGCUUGCUCAUACGGAUGAGGCGCGUGUAUCUUGGCAUGUAGGAGACGCUGAAGGUGUGCACUCCGAUCACGACAGUCGAUUCUACGUAAAGCUAUACUUUAUCGCGGCCUCUCCCGAACAGAUUCGCGAUGGUGACGAGUUAUCCGCUGAAAACCCUCCAGACCGCGUGCAAGUUAUCAUCCCGUCGUGCUCGGAGGAGAUUGAUAAUGGCGAUGGAACGAUUGAUGUCCGCUGCCCUUUUUCAAAGUUCAAGAAGUUGAUUGGCAAGACCCUUAAGCAUGUGUGUGUCGCUGAUACACUGAAACCGUUUGUUGAGUCGUUAACCAGCGAGAAGACGCUGGACAAGAACCACGCACUGACAACCACCAUCACGAUGGACCGAGUGCUGGAUGUUGAAAUCAGCGAUUCUGAUAGCUUCGACCAACCGUCGAAGGAAGCCGUCGCGUUCGAGAUGCUACCGUGGACGGUGUUGAGUCUUUUUGCUCUCUGUUUUGUUUUGCUUUCCAUUCGUCAUGCUGUCAAACGCCGCAUGGAGCGACAAAAGUAUGGAACGAUUCCCAUGCGAACACAAAACACUAGACACGAUACAUUUGGACAACGUAACUGUUGA